CUGAAUUUUACCUGUGAUGCUGGUAAAAAAGUUGAGCAGCACUUUUCUUUGGAAACUUGCAUCCCGCUGACAGGACAGCAUCCGCAGGAAAACUCCGUGGGACGAUGGAAACAUCUCCGAGACCGUUAGAGAUGAAUGUGGAGAAAACCAGCUGUAGCAGCAGAGCGGAUGCUGACGUUUUCACUGAAGUGUGGCCGGCGGAGUAGCUCUCGCUCCAGGACCGCUCUGUGUUCUCACCUCGUCGCCCUUCGGAGGGGACCAGAGUUCCCGAUUGUUUUUUUUAUUUUUUAUGCCCGGAUGCAAGCCGCCAACCUGUGAAUUCAUGAUCACAUGACCGUGGACAUGGACGCAGUCCUGUCCGACUUUGUCCGUUCGACUGGAGCUGAACCCGGACUGGCCAGAGAUCUGCUUGAGGGGAAGAACUGGGACUUCACCGCCGCUCUCAGCGACUUUGAGCAGCUGCGACAGGUGCAUGCCGGAAACCUGACCUACUCCAUCCCAGAGGAGCGGACGUAUCAGCCGCCGGAGAAGGACAUGGCCCGGGUCGGGCGGCCACUGCUCCACCGCCAAGAUGAGGUGGUGCAAGCUUCAGAGAAGCGUCUGUCCCGCGGGAUUUCCCACGCCAGCUCCACCAUCGUGUCCCUGGCGCGCUCCCACGUCUCCAACACGGGUGGCAGCAGCAACGAGCCUCUGCUGGACACUCCUCUGUGCACUUUCCAGCUACCGGACCUCACUGUGUACCGGGACGACUUCCGGAGCUUCAUCGAGAGGGACCUGAUCGAGCAGUCCAUGAUGGUGGCGCUGGAGCACGCCGGACGCCUGAACUGGUGGACGAAGGUGGUUCCGAACUGUCAGAGCCUGCUGCCGCUGGCGACCAGCGGUGACGGGAACUGCCUGCUGCACGCCGCCUCGCUCGGGAUGUGGGGCUUCCACGACCGCGACCUGAUGCUGCGGAAGUCGCUGUACGCGCUGAUGGAUCACGGCUUGGAGAGGGAGGCCCUGAAGCGCAGGUGGAGGUGGCAGCAGACGCAGCAGAACAAAGAGUCUGGACUGGUGUACACGGAGGAGGAGUGGCAGAAAGAGUGGAACGAGCUGCUGAAGCUGGCCUCCAGUGAGCCCAGGAUACACUACAGCACCAACGGCACCAACGGGGCGGAGUCCUCCGACGAGCCCGUCUACGAGAGUUUGGAGGAGUUUCACGUCUUCGUGCUGGCUCACGUGCUCAGGCGGCCCAUCGUCGUGGUGGCCGACACCAUGCUGAGGGACUCCGGGGGGGAAGCUUUCGCUCCCAUCCCGUUCGGAGGCAUCUACCUUCCGCUGGAGGUUCCAGCCGCUAAGUGCCAUCGCUCCCCGCUGGUCCUGGCGUACGAUCAGGCGCAUUUCUCCGCCCUCGUCUCCAUGGAGCAGAAGGACAGCUCCAAAGAGCAAGUCGUGAUCCCGCUCACCGACUCGGAGCACAAAAUGCUGCCUCUGCACUUCGCCGUGGACCCUGGGAAGGACUGGGAAUGGGGAAAGGACGACACGGACAACGUGAUGCUGGCCAGCGUGGCUUUAUCUCUGGAGGCCAAGCUCCAGAUGUUGCACACCUACCUGACGGUCACCUGGCUGCCGCUGCCCUGCGAGCAGGCCCCGCUGGCUCAGCCCGAGUCCCCCACCGCUUCGGCCGGAGAGGACGCCCGGACGCCCCCCGACUCCGGCGAAUCCGACAAGGAGUCGGUCAGCAGCAGCUCCAACGGCAACGGGGAUGCGGCCGCAGGACCGACCGUCAACGGAAACGCGUCUUUGGCCAAGAACAGCUCCUCCUCCUCCUCUUCCUCCUCCAGCAGCGGGUCGGGGGGGAAGGACAAAAGUAAGAAGGACAAGGACAAAGAUAAGGACAAGAAGAGGGCCGACUCUGUGGCCAACAAGCUGGGGAGUUUUGGCAAAAGCCUCGGCAGCAAGCUAAAGAAAAACGUGGGGGGGCUGAUGACGGGGAAGAACGCGGGAGCAGCGAGCGGCAAGCAGGAGGGGGCGGAGAAGAAGAAGGGCUCCUUCAGGGGCAGGGAGGGCAGCAAGGACAGCUCGCCCUCGGCCCAGGCCUCCGAGGAUUCUGGGAAAGGCUCUCCGUCCUCGGGCAGCGAGCGCCUCAUCGGGACGGGGAGCAGCAUGAGCAGCUGCGGGGGGAGCAGCACCGAGAGCGAGAACUACAAGUACAGCGCGGACGUGAAGGUCAGCCUGGGCAUCCUGCGCGCCGCCAUGCAGGGCGAGCGCAAGUUCAUCUUCUCCAGCCUCCUCACCACCAGCAACCGCCAGCCCUUCCAGGAGGAGAUGAUCCAGCGCUACCUGGCGGAUGCGGAGGAGCGCUUCCGGGUGGAGCAGGAGCAGCAGCGGCGGGACGCGGAGAGGAAAGGCGUGGUGAACAGCGUCCAGCCCCCCAAAAAGGAGCUGGUGGGGGGUCCGGAGCUGAGCUAUCGGCCUUUUGAGGCCAAAGAGGAGCUUUCCGAGAACAUGUCGCCCUCCUUCGGCCAGCUCAAGUACUCCCCUUUGAACCCCACCAUGUACUCGGGGGUGGUGCCCAUCCCUCGACCCUCUUUAAUCGAGCCCCCCCCUGCUGCCGUCCCCCUGGCUCAGCAUUCUUACAUCCCCAACUUCCUGGAUUCUCGCCGGCAGCUGGCGGGCGGUUCUCCAGCGACCUCGUAUUCCGGCCUUCCGUCGUACGCCACCCUCCCGCGGCACUGCCCCUCAUCGCAGGGCCUCUCACACCCCCACUUCAACAUCUCUCAAGGCCCCUCCUCCUUGAGCCCCCCCCGCCUCGCGCCCUCGUACCCCCCAGAGUUUGACCCGCCGGAUUACCCCGGAGCCGAACCCGCCGCCGCCGGCAGCUACACCAACGGCUUCCGGGACGCCGGCUCCAACCUGGACCCUCGGAGCGGGCAGGCCCCGGUCAGACACUACUCGCUGGGCAGCGCCGGCGGCCUGGCGGGCCUGCAGUCCAGCCGCUGUCGGACACCCAGCUGCAUCUACUACGGACACCCCGAGACUGGAAACUACUGCUCCUGCUGUUACAGGGACGAGCUAAAGAAGAGGGAGGCGGAACCGGGCAUGCACCGGUUCUGAGCGGACCUGGCUGCAGCUCCCAUUUGAAGAGUGGCCUUUUUGUGUGUCGUUAAAUGAAAAACCGGAACCCUGAAAGGCGACGAGCGUGGACAGAACCACGGAGAGCGAGAGCAGGCUGGUUACCGGCUGGUGUUGGACCUUAGAAUGAACUAACUGCACUUCUGUUACAUUUUGCUGUGGCUCUUACGUAGGUGUUGUGUAUGAGUGUGCGUGUGUGUGUGUGCGUGUGUGUGUGAACAACAGGCUCUCCUCCUUUUGUAAGAGAUCUUCACCUUGCUGCUGUCUCCUCCUAGUGGAGAGAAUGUAUAUGGCAGGCCGAGUACGCGACACUACAGGCAGAAACUUUAGACGUCUGCAAACCCAGGGAAGCAAGCACAAGCAGAAAGGCUGCAUACGCGGGCCGUAAUGAUGCGGAGAGCAUUCAGAUGUCCCGUUAGAUGUUAAACAGACGCUGUAGUCCGAGGAUGCUCGUCUCUGGAAACGGCAAAGUGCUCGUUGAACUGCUUUCCAGUCUCUAUUUGCAUUAUGCAAACUCAAUCUCUCAUGCAACGCUAAUGAUUAACCGCUCGGCAGGCAUGCAAACGCACGCCAAUUGGACUGGACUUUUAAGAUGUCACACUCAGAAGAUAUCACCCAGCUUUUUUUUUAACCCUCUCUUAAGGUCUUCCCGCUGAUUCCGUCGUCACUAAUUCAUGUGAAAAUGGUUAACCCUUUAACACCGGAGCACCAAUGUUUGUUCUUUGAUCUACUUCAAAUUUAACCAUUAACGUGAUAAAGGGAAUUCCAGUAGAUUUUGAAGGAGAAAAGCGGCUUUUCUCCUUCAAAAUCUACUGGAAUUACGUUUAUCGCGUUUACAGUUACAGUAUUUGAAAGAUUUUGUGUUUAAGCGCCACCGGUGGCGCCUCAGGUAUUAAAGGGUUAAAAGACUCUGACUUCUGCUGUAGAAA